UCAGUUAAAAAAAAAGUUGAUGCAGGUUACUGACUGAGCUUUGCAGAUAACUGUGGAGAUGUUUCUGUGGGCCGUGAUCGUUCUGGAUUUGGGCGCUUUCUCCGUCUCACUGCCACAAAUCAACGACCCGGAGUUCAUUGACGAAUGUGUGAGGGAACACAACCAAGCGCGCUCAGCUGUCGUUCCAGCUGCGAGCGACAUGCUCUACAUGUCAUGGGAUGAAGCCUUGGCUGUUACUGCCAGAGCGUGGGCAAGGCACUGCGACUUUCGACACAACAUCUACCUCAAGGAUGUCCGGCAGGUGCACCCUACCUUUCCCUCUGUGGGAGAAAACUUAUGGACAGGCUACCCGCCAUCGAAUUUCAACAUAAAGAGAGCCAUACAAAGCUGGGUGAAUGAAAAAAGGGUUUACAACUACCAGGACAACAGUUGCACAGAUGCCUGUGGCCACUACACACAGGUUGUUUGGGCAAAAAGCUACAAGGUUGGUUGUGCUGUCCAGCUUUGCCCAGAUGGUGUUAAAAAUUUUGAUCCUCGUCAAGGUGCCAUUUUUGUAUGCAACUACGCCCCAGGGGGUAAUAUGAUUGGAAGGAAGCCUUAUGAAAGUAAGGGGGCUCCCUGCUCUCAAUGUGGAGACAUUUGUGAGGACAAGCUCUGUCGUAGUCAGGAACGAGACAUCCAGAAAAGCUACAGCUGGACCCCAGCCUGGGACCCCGUCGUACCAAACAACAAUUUUCUGGAUAUCCUGAUCGUACGGCCCAUAGCCCUCGUCCUGACGUGUAUUUCUGCAUACGCAGUCAAGUACUUUUAUCCCGAUAUCUUUUGCUAUGAGUAGAGCCUUUGUUUUCAUGGGAGAUACAGACAGCAUCCCAUGCCAUCUGUCUCAUCCAAUCCCCAAUUAAAAUUUUCUGUGAACCUUUAGCUUGAAAACUGUUGCUAAUGUUACAAGCUCGCUGACUUACAAACAGGAACAAGCUGUUGCAAUGAUCCAGUUAAAGUCAAGAAUUCUAAUUAUGAUGCCAUUGUGGGGGUGAGGCGCAUUUUGUGUUUACCAUAAAUACAUUUUGAGCUACUUUUUUAAAGCUGCAUCAUCACUGUGAUGCACACUAUAGAUGUAGAAAUGUUCCCGUAUUAUAAAUAAACCAUGCUACAUCCCGUUU